AUGGGAGGCGGUGGCAUUGGCGGCAUGGGAGGCAUCGGUGGCUUCGGAGCUGCCAUGGGCGGCAUGGGUGCCGUGGGUGGCUUUGGAGCUACCAUGGAGACCAUAGGAGGCAGUGGCUUCGGAGCACCUCUGGGCGGCAUGGGCGACAUGGGAUGCAUGAGUUUUGCGUCUCUUAUGGGAGGCAUAGGAGCACCUCCGGGCGGCAUGGGUGGAAUGUCUUCCGAUGUGCCUCACACACCUUCGCAUGAUGCCGUUGAAGAUCUUGCCAACACCUUCCGAGCUUCAUAUGAUGAUGCGGUGCGCGACAAUGAAGAGGAGGAGGAAGAAUCGUCUUCGGAGGAGGAGGAUGAAUCUGAGAAAGAUGAGGAUGAAGAUGAGGACGAGGCUUGA